GAUGAAAUUACGAAAGCGGUCGCUAACAAUAAGAACAAGCUGAUUGUCCUCUUCUUCCAUACCAGCGGAUACGCACCAUUUGAUGAACUCGGGGCGAAACUUGCAAAAUUAGAGGCGCAGGACAAUGGUGUUGUGUUUCUUGACAUAGAUGUCACUGCGCACACGAAAUUGAUGUAUGAAUACAACGUUGCCUCAAACCCUACCUUUAUUUUUCUGAAAAACGGAGAACAAGUUCACAAAUACGAGGAUAUGGAGGAGGCGACCAUCAUUGAUUUGGUGAACAAGCACAAAGAAGGAACGCAAAAGCAG